AUGUCGAAUCCCAACGCCCUCCUCCUUCUCGCCGACCACAUCAAGCUGUCACUUCUCGAAAGACAACGGGCCAAGACAUUAAAGCUGUCGAGUGACACUCAAGAUGGUCACAUCUCCCGAUCACUCGACCAGUUCCGCGAGGGUCUUGAAUCUCUCCGAGCCGAGCAUCAGCGUCUCCAAGAAGCCGGCGACGAAGCAAAGGCCUCCACGCUGAAUGAUACCCUGUCUUCGCUCCAAAAGCAAUUCGACGACCUGACCUCCCAAUUCCACGGCUACGCUUCGCCUGCUACCACCUCAACACUCACCCAACCCAAUGACCCUUCUCUCGCCGAAGACUUUGCCCAUGCCCAAUCCUCGAAACCCGUAGCCACGUCCACGACGACUCCCCCGCCCAUAGAGCGUCGUGCCUCCAAGACCGUCCGUUUCUCGUCACCCAACAGUGACCUCGAAGCCCAAGCCCCUGCCGCCAACAAGUCUGCUCGCUCCCAGCUACUUCCAUACCGCGAUGACCCCGUCUUGGGCGACGACUCAGCCGGCUACCGCGACACCAUCGAUGGGCAAGACAUGGACAACACUCAGGUACACGCCUAUCAUCAGCGGAUUCUGGAAGAGCAGGACGCCCAGCUUGACGCUCUAGGAGCUAGCAUCUCACGGCAGCGCGAGCUGAGUAUGCAAAUUGGCGAUGAGUUGGACAGUCAAGUUAUGAUGCUGGAUGAGAGCGAACGAGCGGUGGAUAGGCAUCAAAGUGCGUUGGAUCGGGCCAGGGAUCGGGUCGGGCGCUUUGCGAGGGCAGCAAACAACAGCGGGGAGGGAAAGCAGAUGGGCAUCAUCCUGGCAUUGAUCAUCAUUUUGGUGCUUCUGAUCGUUAUACUCAAGUGA